GAGUCUAUUGCUAUCCCUUUACCAUGGUAUAAGAGGAUGAAACCGUCAUGUUUGUCUUCUACUCUCUCCGUUCCUAAAUACUUCUCUUUUUAGAGAUAUCAAAUGAAGUACCACAUACGAAAGUAUAUAUACUCAUUUUGCUCCUAUGUAUUCACUUGUUGAAAUCUUUAAAAAGACAUAUUUCGGAACGGAGGGAGCACAAAGAUAUGGUUAUGUUUUUGAUAUGGUGUGAUACAUCUCUUUCUCAAAAUUAAAUACCAGAGAAACCUAAUGCACAUUAAUUGUAAAAAAAUAAUGUAAUUUCACGGUGUAAUCUAGGGAUUUUUAUUGCAAAGCCACCAACGCGCUGCCGUGUGCACUUUGCAUACCGGAGUCGGUAAGUAGUACUACUGGCACGAACCGGAGGAGCCGGGCUCGGGCCCGUUGCCGAUCUUACAUAUAGCUGAACGCGAACCCGGAAUUCCCCAACUCCCAUUCGAUCGCCGCCUCCCUCCAUGGCGGCCGUGCAGCGCCGCCAACCCCUCCCGCCCGCCUCGCAUCAGCUGCGCCGCGCCGAUCCUGCGUGUCCCGGCACCGCGCCCCCGCCGGUCUGCCGCUACUGGAAGUCCGGCCACUGCGGCCGGAACCCCUGCCGGUUCCUCCACGCCGAUCCGGCGCCGCCGCCGCCGGUCGUCGUCGUCGCCAAGAAGCGCAGCAACACCUGGGUCAACACCUCCUCCAAAAUCGCCAAGCCCAGCGCCACAACCGAUGAAGGAGAGGCUGCGGUUCCUCCGGUGCCGCCGCCGACGAAGGCCAAACCCAGCCCCGCAACCAAUGCCCGCGAGGCCGCGGUCCCUUUGCCGCCUCCCGAGCGCGUCCAGGAACCACCCGGCAGUGGCGCGUGGUGCGUAGGCGACGGCAUCCGCGGCGUCGCCCGGCUCGAGGGCCACUCCAAGGCGGUCACCGGCGUCGCCGUUCCCGAAGGGUCCGGCAAGCUCUUCUCCGGCAGCCUGGACGGCACGGUGCGCGCCUGGGACUGCGCUACCGGGCAGUGCGUCCGCGUCGCGCCGGUGCAGGAAGGGGAGGUGGGCCGCCUGAUCGCCAUGGGCCCGUGGGUGCUCGUCCGCGUCCGCGGCGCCGUCAGGGCGUUCCAAGCGGGGAGCGGCGAGGAGCUGCGGCUGCGGCUGCCCGUCGCCGCCGCGCAGGUCACUGCCCUACUUGCAGAGGACGACGAGCGCCUCUUCGCCGGCGUGGAGGACGGCGCCAUCUACAUGUGGAGGCUGGACCCAGGGCGCCAGCGGUUCGACGAGGUCGCCGCGCUCGCGGGCCACGACGGGCACGCCGUCGCGUCGCUGGCCCAGGGGAAGGGCGCGCUCUACUCCGGCGCGGCGGACGGCGGCAUCAGGGUCUGGGACCUCGAGACGCGCCGGUGCGUCUGCAGCUUCGCCGGCCACGCGUCCAUGGUCACCGCGCUGCUGUGCUGGGACCGUUUCCUGCUCUCCUCGUCCGUCGACGGCACCGUGAAGGCAUGGAGGUCCAAGCCGGACCGCGCCGGCGACGUCGAGCCCGAGCUGGAGGUGCACUACACCCACAGAGAAGAAGGCGAGCGGGUGGUCGCCAUGGACGGGACGCACGACGCCGACAAGAAGCCCGUCCUGCUCGUCUCGCGCGGCGACGGAGUCGUCCGAGUCUGCGACCUCCCGUCGUUCAAGCCCAGAGGGCAGAUUCGCUGCAACGGCGAGGUCACAGCAAUGUCACUCAGGACCCCCGGUGUGAUCUUCACCGGGGACAAGUCCGGCGAGGUCAGAGUGGUGAAGUGGACGCCGGCAGCUGCAGCCUGAAUUAUUCAUUAGGCGCACCGGCCUCUGCAAAUCAAUCUCGUCGACCACUGGCAGCUUCAAUUUUAGGCCAGUGAGUUCGUACUUCAGAGCAAUCAGUAGGAUUCUAGUGCAAUGUAAAAAUACCAGUGGUUAUACAGUAUGGAUAAGAGAUAUUCAGAAUCUGAAGAACCGCCA